GGGGCGCCUUCGGGGAAAGGGGAGGGAGCUGCAGAGCUGGAGGAGGCUGGAUCUCUCCAGGGGGGCCCUGCUCCUUCUGCGCGCCGCUUGCGUUGCGGGAGGCUGGAGAGGCUCCAGCGCCGGGCAGGUGCGGGUCCGAGCGGGUCGUCGACCGGCCCCUGCGCCAGGUUCUCUUCCCCCGAAGCCAUCGCCAGCGUGUGGAGCCUGCCCCACACCUGCCCCCUGCCAAGCCACGGCCUUCACCUGCGUGUUCCAGUGUUUCCCCUGCGACCCGUCUUGUGGGAGCGCCUCUUGGGCCACCCCCGAGUUUACCCAGCGCUCCGUGGCUCCAAUGGUGAAGAUGACCCGGUCCAAGACGUUCCAAGCUUACCUGCCUUCGUGCCACAGAACCUACAGCUGCAUCCACUGCCGAGCCCACCUGGCAAACCACGACGAACUCAUUUCCAAGUCUUUUCAAGGAAGCCAGGGCCGGGCCUAUCUCUUCAAUUCAGUAGUUAAUGUGGGCUGUGGCCCUGCGGAAGAACGGGUUUUGCUAACAGGACUGCAUGCGGUGGCAGACAUUUACUGUGAAAACUGCAAAACCACACUGGGCUGGAAAUACGAACACGCGUUCGAAAGCAGUCAAAAGUAUAAGGAAGGCAAAUACAUCAUUGAAUUAGCUCACAUGAUCAAGGACAACGGCUGGGAUUGAAUGGCGAGGAGACGCACGCCGAACAUGGGCGAGAGAGAGAGGGAGUUUGUCAUCCUACUGAACAUUUUAUCUCCCGGAAAACCCCACACAUAUAUAUAUGAGCGAGUGACUGACAACCGUUUGGUUCCGUGCAUUUGGGAGCUUGUCGUCGUCAUCGUCGUGUUGAGAUGCUUCCUCACAGAACCCUUCCUGCCAUCCUUAGCGGUGACCGGCCUCGAUAACUUCUGUCUCUCUUUGCUUUUGUCUCUUGUUUGUGAGUUAACUUCUGGUCCCCUUCCUCCUCACCCACUCCCCUGCCCAGCUCCCUUACCCCUCUGUGUUCUGGCAUUGGGGGUGCGUAUAGAUGUAAGGAGGACUCGAACUCGGUGCCCCUCAAAACCGGUUCCUAAGUGACAUUGUCUCAGUACAAACUGGAGGUUGGUUUUGGGGUGGUGUGUGUGUGUGUGUUUUUAAUCCAAGGGUCCCGGCACGAGGGAAGGAGUGCUGGGUCUUCAGACGUCGGGCGCGUGGGAGAGUUGCAUCGCCCCUACCCCUUUCCCCGCUUGGCCUUUUAAAAAAAUUCCUGGUCAACCAUGGCUUGAAACUUGUGGACCGCAGAAAAAAAUAUAUAUACCUCAUGGCUGUAUCCUCUCUGCAUCUCAAAGACUGUAGCCUAAAAACUUGUCGCUAGUGGCAUCCCCAGACUGGUCUGUGUUCCUCGUUUGAUUGCUUGUUUCUUUUUAAGUGAUCUCUUUGGAUUUUUUGUCUUUUUUGUACUAAUGUUUGAUUUGAGAGGAGGAGGGUGUAAACACAGGUCCCGGGCCUAGCCCUCCCUGGCCUCCUGUUCCCAGUGAGCAAGCCCACCCAAACACUGCGGUGCUGAUGUUGGGAGAUCGGAAAACCCUCGCCAUUUGCUUCCCACAACGUUGACACUUCAAGUGCAGGAAGCAUGUCCCGCUUCAAAACUGAAGGGAGCGAAUACAUUUGAGGCGGGCGGGGGAGCAAGGAGAACAAGGAGGUAGUGAUCUAUAUCCUUCACAAAAUUGCUGGCAGUUUUGCAGCCUCCUGACUGCUUGAUUUUUUUUGCGGGGAGGGGGGCUGACUGGUCUCACUAGGAUGAUGGAAACAAGCCUGGAUCGCUUCUGCAGAUGAUAAGUUGGACGACCUGCACUUGUGCUGUUAAGUGUGACUCUUAAAAAGAACAAAAACACAACAGGGGUGAUGGACUCAGGCAGUAACAAAUGUUUCAGAGCCUAAGUGUGUGUUAAGUUCUGGUUCAGCAGUGGGGGGGGGGGGGUUUGGUGAGUGUUUUGAACAGAAGCAGCUCCGAAAGAAGCAGAGGACUCUUAAAAACCUCCGGGUGGAGAACCCUGCAGCCUCCCCAGGUGUCGUUGGACUCCAGUUCCCAGCAGCCAGCAUGGCCCAAGGGUCAAGGAUGAUGGGAGUUGUAGUCUAGUGGCAUAUGGAGGGCCACAGUUUUCCCCUACUCUGUUAA